AUGGCUCUAGAGGCCGGGAAAGCAACUCCGGCGCCUCAGGGAGUCAUCAUUAUGGCUUUCUGCAAGGAUUACAAUGCUAGAACCGCUGAUAAAGCUGGUUAUAUCAUUCCCGUAGAAAUCACUGUCUUCGAUGAGCGCAAUUUAAAUAGUGAUAAGCUUUAUGAGAUUGUUUAUAUGGUAUGGUUGCAGGAUAAGAGCUUCUCUCUUAUCCUGAGGACCCCGCCUGCUUCGAUUUUAUUGCUUAAGGCUGCAGGUGUUGAAAAGGGAUCCAAAGAUCCAAAGCAAGAUAAAGUUGGGACAAUUACAAUAGACCAGCUGCGCACAAUUGCAGCCGAGAAGCUGCCCGAUCUGAACUGCACGACCAUUGAGUCUGCUAUGAGAAUCAUUGCAGGAACUGCAGCUAACAUGGGGAUCGACAUUGACCCUCCGGUUCUUGAACCCAAAAAGCAAGCAGUUUUGUUGUAAAAGCCUGCAGAAUAGUUUAUGUUUUGAUAAUGCCUUGCUCGUUUCUAAAUGUAAUUUCCAAGUAGACAUUUAAGCGAGAUACAUAUAAAGAUGUCUAAUGUCUUGGUUUGCAACA